ACCUAUCGUGUGCUUGGCUUUAGCCCCGCCCCCAGCUACUUCGGCAUCAACGGAAACUCUGGUGUGAUCACUCUACGCUCCGACUUGAGGCAGGACCCAGCCAGGCUCACUUUCUAUCAGCUGUUGGUGGAAGCUCAGGCUGACACAGGCCUCAGCAUCCAGACGGCCACAGCCGUCGUGAACAUCACGGUCCUGAGGAACGAGAACGGACCGGUGUUCACCUCUGUCAACUAUGCUACGUCCAUCCAGGAUACCAUACCCAUCGGGACUUUCUUGGUCAAAGUGGUGGCCAGUGAUGCUGAUGGCGACAUUAUUGACUACAGCAUCAUCGACACUGUGGACACGAUAUACUCCGACUUUGUCUUCCUCAAUCCACGAACCGGAGAUAUUUCCACGAAGAUCUCCCUUCUCAACACAGAUCUACUGAGGUUUCAAGUGCGAGCCAGUGACCAGAGGAUUCCCGAGAGGACCAGCAUCUCUAACGUGACCAUCAGUGUACGACACGAUGUCUUCGCCCCCGUGUUCCUCAAUGACCCGUACUUCGGCAGCGUCGCGGAGUCGUCGUUCAACGGAACUUCUGUGUCUCGGGCCACGGCGACAGACCAGGACCUUGUGGGAAGUCUUCAGUACGAGGUGCUGCCUGUUGGGGUGGCUCCAGCGUUCUUUACGAUCAACAGAAACAACGGUGUUGUGACUCUCUUUGACCGCUCGGCUCUGCUGGUGGACAGAGCAACUUCAUACGCUCUGUCCAUCAUCGUGUACGACUCUGUGUACCCGAACAACCGCGACACGGCACAGGUGACAAUCAACGUGAUCCGUAACCCGUCGGGUCCAGCGUUCUCUCUGCCCCAGUACGUGACCACAAUCCCGGACACUUUUGAGCUGGGGCAGAGCGUCUUGCAAGUGACCGCCGUUGAUUCUGAUGGUGAUGUUGUGAAGUACGAGCUUGUGGGCGAUGCCCGAGCCCUGGAGUAUUACUACCUGAACCCAGACACGGGUUUCAUCUCUCUCAAGAAGCCUCUGACUGAGGGCGUACAGAUCAGUGACCAGCUGAACCUCCGAGCCCGAGACCAGGGUGUCCCCGAGCAGUUUGACGUGUCUGUGGCCAUCAUCAACAUCAUCCGCGACCAGCAGCUUCCUCGCUUCACCCAGCUGCCGUACCGCGUGACCGUACAGAGGACCGUGCCCGUCAAUUCCACCGUGCUCCGCGCCAGGGCUGAGGAUCUUGACCUGCAGGGAGAAAUCAGGUUUGGUGUGAUCGGCAACUACCCUGCUCCGACAUUUUUCGACAUCAAUGAGGUCACCGGCAAUGUCAUCGUCACCCAAACUCUGGGGCUGGACAGUGUCAAGACCGACACAUACUUUUUGAGCCUCAUCGCCUUCGACAGUGCCUACCCCAGCGUCCAAGCCACUGCCACUGCCACUAUAUCGGUGAACCUCAACCCCAACCCACCCGUGUUCUUCCCCGUGAGCUACGAGAGAGUGGUCAGUGAAGACCUACAGAUCGGCUCCAGUAUCGUGGAUGUGAAUGCCACUGACUUGGAUCCUUUUGACGUGAUCAAGUAUCGACUGAUCGGAGACGUGGAGGACAACGAGUUCUUCUUCCUCAACUCCGACACGGGCUUCAUCUCCUUGAAGAGCCCGCUAACGCUUUCCGGUUCCAACCAGUUCAGGUUCAGCGUUGAGGCAAGCGAUCAGAGCAACCCGGAGAGAACUGCGACCAGCAACGUUAUCGUGACUGUGGUUAGGGAUGAGUCACCUCCCUUCUUCAUCAACACGCCUUACUCGGCCAGCACCCUGGAGACAGCUGCCCUCGGCACGACCUUCUACAGGGUCACGGCCUCUGAUGCUGACCUCAGGGGCACCAUCAGGUACGAGGUGACCGGAGACUUCCAGGCAGAGUUUUACUUCAACGUAGACUCUGUCAGUGGCUCCGUGUUUGUGCAGGAGGACUUGAAGCAAGACCUAGCCACAUCAUACACUCUUCGGGUGAUUGCCUACGAUGAUGCCUCACCAAACAGGGUUGCUACGGCAACCGUACCCAUCUUUGUGACUCGUAAUCCAAACGCUCCAACGUUCGUGAACGGCCCGUACUCUACAGUGAUCCCUGAGACAUACAAUCUGGGCAACCUCGUCAUUCAAGUGACCGGCACGGACCGAGACGGGGAUGAUCUCCGCUACAGCCUUCUGUCCACCGGGUCACUUAACAGCGACAAGGCUCUGGACUAUUUCUACAUCAUUGAGCAGACCGGCGCCAUCUCACUGAAGAGACCGCUCACCGACGAUGUUGACCAGGACACCAGCUUUAACUUCAUUGUCCAAGUGAGGGACCAGCGAGUGAACGAAAAAACCGCCGACGCCUCGGUGACCGUCAGUGUGAUAAGGAAUAGGUUCCUCCCUAACUUUGUGGAGUUGCCGUACAGAUUUGGCCUAUCUGAGAACACACUUGUAGGCUCGCUGGUGUACGAGGUGACCGCUGUGGAUCAGGAUCUGGUGGGCUCACUGGUCUACAACAUGAUUGGUGACAGCAUCGGUCCGUUCUACUUCAACGUCAACAGCACCACGGGAGCCAUCACUCUGAGGAAUAAUCUGAGGACGGACAAGACAAACUUCAACUAUGUGUUGAGAGUGACAGCGUAUGACACAGCGUACCCCACUCAAGUUGCCACGGCAACGGUGGAGGUAAGCAUUGCCAGGAAUGAGUUCAGCCCACAGUUCACACAGAGCCCUUACCGUGUGACCAUCAACGAGACGACCAGCGUGGGCACCAGUAUUCUCUCUGUGUUGGCCGAUGAUGCUGAUGGGGACCGUGUGGUGUACACAGCGACGGGAGACAACGACACGCUGACCUUCUUCUACCUCUCCACGGACACCGGACUCAUCAGUGUCAGACAGCCACUGUCUCUGGACUCGCGCACCGAGUAUCUCAUGUCCAUUGUGGCCAGCGACCAGGGCAACCCGGCGCGCACCACUCCUGUCCUGGCGAUCAUCACGGUGAUCCGCGACGAGAGCGCGCCCUUCUUCAUCAACCAGCCGUACAGCACAGUGGUCAACGAGCUAGUCACUGUGGGGACAAGCGUCUAUGCUGUCACGGCCACGGACUCCGACCUUGUGGGUCAGAUAAUCUACGAGCUCAUCGGGGACUACCCCACUCAGAGCUUCUUCGGCAUCAACAGCCAGACUGGUCUCAUUUCCACCACUUUUGCUCUCAAGUCGGACAAUCUCAGAGCUGGACUCUACAUUGCUCGAGUGGUGGCCUACGACUCACUUCGUCCACAAGUGCGGGCCACGGCAACUGUAGACAUCAGUGUGAUCAGAAACCCCAACGGCCCCGAGUGGCAGGCAGCAAACUAUUUUGAGAGCAUCGCAGAGAACACUCCAGUGGGAUCCACCAUCUUCAACGUGACUGCGAUUGACCUCGACGUUGAUGACUUUGUGACGUACGAGAUAACGUCUCAGACCGCCCUCCCGUUCUCACCUCUGACCCCGUACUUCUACAUCGACCGCGUCAGCGGCAUCAUCACCCUGAGACAGCCUCUCAGCACGGUCAACAUCACGCAGUUCACGCUGCUUCUCAAAGCCUGCGACCAGGGCAUCCCACAACGCUGUGCUGACAUCACGGCCCGCGUGGCUGUGGUUCGCAACCAGUUCUUCCCUCUGUUUGUGAACCUGCCUUACCAGAUUGUGGUUCGAGAGGAUCGGGAACCGUCUGGCGUUUCUCUGCUCACCUUGACUGCCCAGGACAGAGAUAUCAUUGGGUCCAUCGUGUACGAACAGACCCUGCCCGGCGUGGCGUACUUCAACGUAAACCCCAGUAGUGGUGACAUCACACUGCAGUCUUCCCUCAGACUGGACAGCAGGAUUCAGAUUGUGUUUCAAGUUGUGGCCUAUGACAGCCUGGACCCGGAUCGACGCACGACGGCUGACGUGACUGUCCUGGUCACCAGAAACCCAAGCGGGCCGAGCUUCCUGAGUGACCCGUACGAAGUGACCAUCGGGGAGGGCUUCCCUCUGGGAGAUAUUGUCAUCAACACCACGGCUAUAGACAGUGAUGGGCUGUCUGUUGGUGCCAGUGACCAGCGCAUUCCGGAAAAAGCGGCCGUGGUUUCGGUGUUUGUGACUGUGAUCCGAGACAACCAGGAUCCGUUCUUCCUGCUCCCGAGCUACAACGCCAGCAUCGUAGAGACGGUGCCUGUGGGCGCCUCGGUCACUACAGUGUCUGCCAGCGACAACGAUCUUGUGGGCCUGAUCCUGUAUCAAACGAUCGGCGUGUACCCGGCCAACGAGUUCUUCGACGUGAACGCCAUCACCGGGGGUGUCUCGGUCAUCAAGUCUCUCCUGACCGACCCGCUCCAGGCCACCUCCUACACGCUGCGUCUUGUUGCCUAUGACAACGCCUAUGCUGCCAACCGCGCCACUAGUGACGUCACCAUUAUCGUACUGAGGAACGUGAAUGGGCCCAUCUUUGUGCCCUCCGCUACCUAUGAGACGACGGUCAACGAAAACAUCGACAUCGGGGCGAGAGUCAUCUCUGUCUCAGCCCAGGACCGAGAUGCUGGGGAUAUUGUGACCUAUGAGCUGGUGAACCCCACGUCCAAUGGCACUCAGUAUUUCUUCCUGGAUCGAGACACCGGUGAAAUCAGCAGUAGAAAAGCCCUUACAUCAGCUCCGUUGAACUUGUACACUUUGACUGUCAACGCUAAGGACAACCGCGGGCGAGGAGCUCUGGCGUCGGUUCGAAUCUUCAUCCAGAGAAUCACGGACGAGCCGCCAGUGUUCCUGAACACUCCGUACAGGACCACCAUCGACGUGAACCAAGCCGUCAACUCGACCAUCUACCAAGUCACGGCCAGGGAUCUCGAUGCUCAGAGUCCUAUACAGUAUGCCUUAGUCGGCUACUUCCCUGGCAGCUCUUACUUCGAGCUGAACCCAUUGUCGGGUCAGAUCACCCUCAAACAGAGCAUCAUCAACGAUCAGUUCGCAUCUCUCCUUUAUGUGCUGCGUAUUGAAGCCUUUGAAGUGCUGCGCCAGGACCUGAGAGUGGCGGAGGACGUGCUCAUCGACGUGACCAGGAACCCCAGCCCUCCCGUGUUCAGCCAGAACUUCUACGUGCAGACAGUGUCGGAGUCUGAGGCCCAGGGGACCAGCGUCCUGCAAGUCUCUGCCUCCGAGGGAGAUGGCGAUGUUGUCACCUAUGAGAUAGAUGCUGCCUCCCAGAACGGAAUCACUGCUCAAGAUUUCUUCUUCAUCAAUCCAGGGUCGGGAACCAUAUUCAUCAGGAAGAACCUGGCACUUAGCUCUCAGAGCCAGUACUUGUUCACAGUGGUGGCUCGUGAUGACGGGUACCCUCAGAAGACCGACCAGGCCUCGGUGCAGAUCAACAUCAUCCGUGAUCAGUUCAGCCCGAGCUUCUCACGCUCCAACUACAUCGUUACAAUCGUGGAGACAACGGCCAUCAACGACACGAUCCAAACUGUCGUGGCUUCAGACGAUGACCUCCAGGACACAAUCGUGUACGAAGCGAUCGGAGAUGGACCUGCUCUAGCGUUUUUCUCGAUCGACGCAUUCUCUGGUGUUGUGCGAGUGAGGAACAACCUGAGGGAGAGUGCACAAGAGCUGUACAUUCUGAGCAUCCGAGCGUACGACAGUUUCUACCCCAACAACUUGGCCGCUGCCACUGUGACCAUCAAUGUGAUACGUAAUCCCAACGCUCCCGUGUUUGAGCUCCCCUCGUACUCCGAGACGGUCAGAGAGUCGCUGGCCGCAGGAAGUCUCAUCCUGCCUCUCACUGCCCGGGAUCUCGAUGGGGAUGCCAUUGGCUACACCCUCCUGAACGUUGGAAGCUGUCUGGAAUAUUUCUACGUGUCCCCAGACACCGGGGCUUUCUCCCUGAGGAAACCCCUCUUCCAGAACUCUGUUAACCAAUAUGCCUGUAUUGUCCAAGCCAGUGACCAGAGGACAAGAGUGACCAAUGCCACAGUGACUAUCACCGUGCUCCGGAGCCAACCGCCACGGUUCGUCAACACGCCGUACAGUUUCAGCGUAGGGGAGAGGACUCUGGUGGGAAGUAGCGUGUACACUGUGCUUGCCGUGGAUACUGAUCUGGAGGGUCAAAUCGUCUACGAGGUGGUAGGUGACGCUCCUGCCCCGAGUUACUUCAGCGUGGACUCAAACACCGGCGUCAUCGCCCCGCGUACCGGCCUGACUAUCGACACCACACAGAGCUACAGGCUGGUGGUGACAGCAUACGACACAGCUUUCCCUCAACAACAAGCCACGGCCGAGGUGAACAUCUUUGUGGUGCGCAACGAGAACCCUCCGUUCUUCAUCAAUGAGCAGCUCUACUCUGUCGACAUCUCGGAAGACUUCGCCAUCGGAGACUUCGUCAUCGCGGUCACUGCUCUGGACAAUGACAAUGACACCAUCCGGUACUCUCUCCUCGGGGACGAGACGGCAAUCGAUUUCUUCUACCUGAACCCUGCCUCUGGCGACAUCUUCCUCACCAGACGUUUGGACCUGACCACUGCGACCUCUUUCACGCUGGCCAUUAGAGCCUCUGAUCAGAGAGUUCCGGAACGAGUGGACGAGACGACCGUCAUCAUCCGAGUGGCCAGGAACCAGUUUGCCCCAGUCUUCUUCAACACGCCGUACGCGACCACAGUGCAGGAGUCCCGAGCCAGGGGGAGCACUGUGUUUGCUCUGGAAUGUUCCGAUCAAGAUCUACGGGGUCAAGUGAUGUACGAGAGCAUCGGUCUGUACCCGGCCCAGAGCUUCUUCACCGUCAACAUGACCACUGGUCUGGUCACCAUCGCUCAGUCGCUGCGGGAGGACGGGUUUGCCAGGACUGAGUACACGCUGCGUGUGGUGUGCUACGACUCGGUGGUUCCCUCCCAGCGCACGCCCGUUGACCUGACCAUCGCCAUCAUCAGGAACAUUAACUCUCCCGUGUUCAGCCAGAGCCAGUACUCCGUGGUCAUUCCAGAAGAUUUUGCCCAGAACCGGCCUGUCUUGUCGCUGUCUGCUUCAGACCUGGACAAUGACACAAUCGCUUACACAAUCACCCGUGACAACAGCGGAGGCAACUCCUUGUCCUACUUCUUCAUCGAGCGCAACUCAGGAACCGUGUUCCUACGGCAGCCGUUGCUAGGCAAAGGAAUCAGCCAGUUCUCUUUCACGGUGACAGCGACAGACAGUGGGCGGCCGUCGCGCUCCACCGAGGUGUCGUGUAUCGUGAACGUCCAGCGCGACCAGUUCCCGCCUCAGUUCAUCAACACGCCGUACCAGCUGACUAUUACUGAGCUCAGCGCAAACAACUCCAUCGUUUACACGGUCACCGCUGUGGACCAAGAUCUGCAGGGACAAGUUGAGUAUGUGGUGGUGGGCGUUCCCCCCGCUCCGACGUUCUUCACUGUCAACAGCAACGGUGGUGUGGUGGUCAGAGGAGACCUCAGGACUGACCGCGCCAUGGACUAUACCUUGCGAGUUCAAGCCUUUGACAGUGCCAGCCCAUCCCGCUUUGACGAGGCGGAUGUGAGGAUCUCAAUCCGGCGUAACGUGAACGCGCCGCUGUUCUCCCAACAAACCUACACCACCAGCAUCACAGAGAGGACCACCAUUGGAACGUCCAUCGUUUCAGUGAUUGCCAUAGACAGAGAUGGGGAUACACUGCUGUACUCCCUGGUGGGCGAUGACCGGUGUCGCGAGGUGUUCUACCUGGGACCAGACAACGGCAUUCUCUACCUCAAGGAGCCGCUCCUGGAUGCUGUGGAGAGCGCCUUCACCUGCACACUGUCUGUGACCGACCAAGGCUACCCGGUACCCCAGACAGACAGCUGUACCGUAGUGGUCAACAUAGAGAGGGACACAUUCCUGCCUGUGUUCACGGAGAACGCGCGCUACACGGCUCAGAUCCCGGAGAACACAGCUAUUGGGAGCAGUCUGCAGCGUGUCAGUGCCUCGCGUGUCAACAUCAUUGGCCGCAUCUACUAUGAGUCUGUCGGAGACUACCCAGCACCCAGCUUCUUCAAGGUGGACAACCUGACCGGGGAAGUGACCACCACGGCCGACCUCCGCAACGACAAUCUGGGCCUGACCUCCUACAUUUUGCGAGUGAGAGCGUACGAUACUCUGGCAUCGUACCUUCAAUCUGAGGCCGAGGUGUUCAUCACGGUGAUCCGCAAUUUGAACCGGCCCGUGUUCAACCCCGCCAGGUACUUUGUCACCAUCCGAGAGGACGAGGCCGUCGGAACGUUCCUCCAGAAACUGACGGUCACAGAUCCCGAUGGCGACAAGGUGACCUGCUCCAUCACAGGCACCACUCUGGCCCAGCAGUUCUUUGACAUUGACUCCGACGCGUGCCUGGUUCGAAUCCGAACAGCCCUGACUGAGGAUAAUAGUCGCAACACAGAGUACACGGUGAGCGUCUUCGCCACGGACAACCAGCAAACUGCGUCAGCGGAAGUGUUUGUGACCGUGCUGAGGGACUUGUUCCAGCCUCAGUUCACCAACUUACCAACUACCAUCAGCGUGGAUGAGACCAUCAACAUCAACUCCACCGUCUUCACAGCGUCGGCCACCGAUGCUGACUUACAGGGCUCUAUCCGGUAUGAAGUGAUCGGCCUGUUCCCGUCCCAGAGUUUCUUCAAUGUGGACCCAGUCUCAGGAGCUGUCGUACUGAGGAACAGCCUGAUGUCCGACGCCGAGGGCAGGAUUUCAUACACGCUGAGGAUCCAGGCCUACGACACGGUGUAUUCGGGCAACAGAGUGCAGGCAGACCUGGUCAUCCGAGUGGUGCGUAACAGGAACGGCCCCGUGUUUGCCAACGGACGCUACGACUUCACCAUCGCUGAGACUUUCCCUCUGGGCAACAUCAUCGGAACUGUGGAGGCUACCGAUGCUGACCGGGACCAAGUGACAUUCACAAGCCUGGCAGGAGGCGAGGCAGCCGACCUGUUCUUCCUGAACUCGGAGACCGGUACCAUCUCGCUGCGGAGCCCACUCAUAGCAGCCCUACAGAACCAAUAUGCUUUUGAAGUGGAAGCGUCGGACAAUCGUGCCUCUUCCAUCAUCAAGCGUUCCCGUGUCACAGUGACCAUCUCCAUCCUGCGAGACAGCGGCCCGCCCAGAUUCGUCAACACUCCCUACGAGAUCAACGUACCCAUCAACCAGGCGGUCAACUCCAGCGUCUUCCAAGUGGUGGCGACUGAUCCUGAUCUCAAGGGUGAGAUCAAGUACAGACUGGACGGCUACCAGCCCGGCACCUUGUACUUUGGCCUUGACACUGACACAGGCUCCAUCACCGUGCGUCGCAUUCUCACACUGGACACCGACGUAUUUGCCUCGUACACUCUACUGGUGACAGCAUUCGACACGGGCAACCCGGAGAUCGAGACCACGGAGGCGGUGAAGAUCAAUGUGAUCAGGAACCUGUUCUCCCCGCGCUUUGUGUCCUCCACCUAUGAGGACAGCGUCUUCGACUACCAGCCCGUGGGCACAAACGUCCUGCAAGUGGCCGCCUCUGACGAUGAUAUCACUAGUCCGGAGAACGAGUUUGUGUUUUCGAUCGAGGAUGGCAACGCGGCCAACAACUUCUUCUCCAUCAACCCAUUCAGCGGCAUCAUCACCGUCAACCGCGACCUCUCCGAGAGCACACCCUCCACCUACACUGUCUCCGCUGUCGACCCCGACCCAGCCACAAGCCAGAACGGACAGAUCAGAUACUCCAUCGUCGGUCCCGUCGAGGCCAAGGCAUUUUUCCAGAUCGAGCCAGUCUCUGGCGUCAUCACGGCUCGUGUGUCGCUCACAACAGCUCCUGACGACUUCUACAGGCUGACAGUGCGAGCCAGCGACCUGGGAGUCAUACCUCAGACAGUGGAUGCUAUUGCUUCCAUCCGCAUCCGCAGAGAGGGCUUCCCGUUCUUCCCCGAGAACGAGUAUCUGGAGACGAGAUCUGAAUCCACGCCUGUUGCUUCCACCAUCAUCCAACUGCAAGCCACAGAUCCUCUAAAUAAAGAGCUGCGUUAUGAGAUCACCGGUGAUGGGCUGGCGUCCACACUGUUCAGCAUCGACCAACGGACCGGCCUCAUCACCCUGGCACAGUCUCUGGAGAGUGACAAGAACAAUACGUAUAUUAUCCGUGUUUCAGCGUACCGCGUAGAGGACGCAACAAUCCGUGCCCAGACAAUCGUGCGUGUCCAAGUGACCCGUAACGCCAACCCUCCCACCUUCCUCCACGGAAACUUGGAGUACACGAUCUCCGAGGACCAACCUCUGGGCGUUUCCAUCGGCCAGGUCAAUGCCACUGAUGCUGACAGCGGGGCAAAUGGCGAGUUCACCUUUUCCAUCAGCACCGUGGACUCGAGUCCGUCUUACGCCAACACGUAUUUCUUCAUGAACCCUGUCACGGGUGUCCUGGCGGUCUCUUCCAGCCUGCGAGAUGAUGUGGACCGCCCACUGCAGUACCUGCUAUCUGUCGUGGUGACCGACAACGGAUUCCCCCGACGAUCCUCCGUGAUCCGAGUGACCAUCAUCGUAGUCCGCAACAGGUUCGGACCCGAGUUCCGUUUGGAUUCUUACGAAGUGAACAUCGACGAGAACAUUCCGGCAGGCACCAGCAUCGUCACAGUCCAGGCGGUGGAGCAGGAAGGGACCCCGAGCGGCACCAUCGUGUACUCGAUCAUCGCCACCACGUACAACAGGAGCGAGCUGAAUGGUGAGGAACUGCCCAACAUCUAUGAUUUCUUCAUCAUCAGCCCCACGGCUGGCAUUGUGUUGGUGGCUCAGACCUUGGCUCAAGCCCGCGUUCCUAGCCGCUUUGUCCUGACUAUUCAAGCGGCCGACAACGCCCGUCCUCCCAAAGUUGCCCUCGCCACCAUGACGAUUGACAUCGUGCGCAACAUCCACCGGCCAGAGUUCACGGAGUUUACGUACGGAGCGGCCGUGGAGAACACGUGGGCGGUGGGGAGAGUCCUUCUCACACUCACUGCCAGAGACGAUGAUAUAGAUGUGCCUCUCAAUAGAGAGACUCCUAAUGCUGAAUUUGAGUAUGUGGUUGAUCCUGAUUUCGAGCAAGCUGAGAAGUACUUUGGUGUCACUCAAAACGGUGUCCUGUUUGUGAAGAGCUCCCUUCUGAACGCGCCUCGUCUGCAGUACUUCUUCUACAUCAUUGCCAUUGACGAGAGCUGGAGUCCGCUGAGCAGUCGAGCCCCAGUGACCAUCAACGUGACUCAACUGGACGUGGACCGGCGAGAUGUUGGCUUCAUCGAAAGAGUCAUCACAUGGAGCCUGCCUGAAAAUUCCGUUGUAGCCAACACGCAACCUCUGCUACUGGAAAUUGCCAACGCUGACAGCGACGUGCAGUGUCGCAUCAUUGCCAUAAACGAUAUACUGGUCACUGAUCCAACUCCGUUUGCGGUGCGAAGUACCGUUGACAAGAGACACUGUGAGCUGUACCUGACGGCCACACUGGACAGAGAGCUGCGAGGAACCUACAACAUCACCAUCCAGGCUAGCCAGGCCACUAGCAGGAAGAAGAGGCAGAUAUCUAAUGUGUCCAACACCUGGAGCACCACAUCUAUCCUGCUGACGGUACAAGAUGUGAACGACGAGGUGCCAGUUUGGGGGUACCCGACCUACCCUAGCGGUGUCUCUGGCGCUUACGUCUUCGCCAUCGGCGACCGCUCCUCACCAGGCACCUCUGCCGGGAAACUGGAAGCCACUGACCUUGACCUGGGCGCGGCCGGAACGGUCAGCUACAGCAUCUCGACGGGCUCUCCGUUUGUACUGACCACUGGUCAGGAGCUGGUGUUGAGCCGCAGUCUGGCCACAGAGCAGCAGGGCACGUUCUUCUACAGUCUCACAGCCACGGCUAGGGACGGAGCCACGCCCUUCAACUCUCGCACCACUCAAGUCAUCAUCAACCUGAUCAGCGACCCGAACCGCUUCGUUCUCGUCAUUAACAACCGGAAGCCCCAAGACAUUGUGCCCAUCGUGGAAACGAUUCGCAGGGAGCUGCAGGUCAUCACAGACGCCAUCGUCAUCAUCGAGACGGUGCGCACCAAACUGCAGCUUGACGGAGCAAGUUUGAACUUUGACAGUGACGGAACGGACAUUUACUUUGUGGUGGCGAGAAAGGACACGUUCCGACUCUUCCCCAACACUGACCUUGACCUCGUGACUGAAAGCGGAAAUUCCGCGAGCCAGCUAAAGGCGAACGCCCUCUCUGCUCAGCUCAACGGCGCGUCGCUCGUCAUCCGACCUCCGUACGACCUGGCCCUGGUCACCUCAGCCUCUGAGGAAGUCCGCAGUGCCCUGAACAUUGGCGCGGAGCUCCGGACGAAGACCAAGUCCUACACCUGGUGGACAGAUGACCCCUGGGUGGCGUUUUUGGUGGUCGCGGGAGUGGUCUUUGUGGUGGCGCUAGUCGGCAUUGUGGUGCUUCUCAACUCUUACAACAAAGCCUCAACAUGUACGUUCCUCCCGAUGAGACGGUGCAGGACCUAGGGGAGAUCAACAUGAACUUUGCCGGGGACCCCACAACCCCGCGCACGGGGGCCGGCGCAGGAACUGUCGUCAACCCUGUCUACGGAAAACCUUCUCCAGGCGAGAUCCCCAACGGGCAGAGAGAGGGCACCACACUGCUGUAAGAAUGGACGUCAACGAAUUUAAGUCACUUUCGGACCUGUUUUGUCAGCCAGCUGUUUAGUUGUACUAAACCUAAAAUUUUGAAACUUUUCUUUCUCAAGGUGUUUUCUUAGUGUCAUAUUAUAAUUUAUAGUUUCGGUUGCAUAUAUUCAGAAAAUGUUUUGUCAAAAUCCAAAUUCUAAAUGUUGAAAAUAAAAUGUCAGAAAAGAUACAUAAUUUAGGAACAAUUUGUGAAAGAAUUGAAACAGUUUUUUCUUCUUUCCUAAAACAUUUUGCUUUCUGGGUAGAGAUCGGUUGAAGAGUUUGCUGGCGGUUUGCUGUUUCUGUUAGUCUCUCACUCUUUAAAAUGUUCUGUCUUUUACGUUGUUUUUCCCGUUUCUGCUUCUAAUUUAGAUAAUAUGUCGUUGUCCUGUUGUGCUGUCUCUAUGCAUAGUACUAUCAUACCUUGUGAGAACCGUGAUGCUUUACGUAAUGUGUACAGGAUGCAUUCAUAACGUUUUUAUGUGUACAUGAUACAUUAAUGACGUUUUUUGUGUGUACUUGAUACAUUAAUGACGUUUUUUGUGUGUACUUGAUACAUUAAUGACGUUUUUUGUGUGUACUUGAUACAUUAAUGACGUUUUUUGUGUGUACAUGAUACAUUAAUGACGUUUUAUUGUGUACAUGAUACAUUAAUGACGUUUUAUUGUGUACAUGAUACAUUAAUGACGUUUUUUGUGUACAUGGUACAUUAAUGACGUUUUUUUGUGUACAUGGUACAUUAAUGACGUUUUUUGUGUUCAUGGUACAUUAAUGACGUUUUUUUGUGUUCAUGGUACAUUAAUGACGUUUUUUUGUGUUCAUGGUACAUUAAUGACGUUUUUUUGUACAUCGUAC